AUGGCAUCCUCCACGCAGAUCCCCAAGACAAUGAAGGGGAUACUGGUUGAGAAGACCGGAGGAACGGAGGUCUUACAGUACAAGACCGACUUACCAGUCCCCGAGCCCAAAGAAGGCGAGGUCCUCGUCAAGAAUGACAUAAUCGGCAUCAACUACAUCGACACCUAUUUCCGCACAGGUCUAUACCCCUCACCAAAGCCCGAGAUCCUCGGCAAAGAAGCCGCCGGCACCGUCGUGGACUCCCACCACACUGCCUCCCCAAGCUUCCAACCCGGGGACCGCGUCGUCUGGAUGGGAAGCUCUGGCUACGCGGAGUACACCGCCGCGCCCGCUGCCAAGACGAUGAAGAUUCCCGACUCGAUCUCUUCACCAGACGCCUGCGCCGCCAUACUGCAAGGACUGACAGCAUUGACAUUGACAGAGGAAGCGCACAAGGUCGAGAAGGGCGAUUGGGUAUUAGUACUAGCGGCGAGUGGAGGGGUCGGCGGUUGGUUGUGUCAGAUUUUGAAAGCAAAAGGCGCGCAUACUAUAGCGACGGUGGGGAGUGAGGGAAAGGUUUCUGUGGCGAAGGAGAGUGGGGCCGAGGUUGUGCUGGUUGAGGGUAAAGAUAAUGUUCUGGAGAAGGUGAAGGAACAUACAGGUGGUGCUGGUGUGGCGGCGGUGUUUGAUGGGGUGGGCAAAGAUACGUUUGACCGGAGUUUAGAGUGCGUGGCGAGAAAAGGGACGUUGGCUAGCUUUGGGAACGCGAGUGGGGCUGUCCCGCCGUUUCCUAUUGCCAAACUGUCCGCGAAGAAUGCGAAGGUUGCCAGACCCUCAUUAUUCAACUACAUCUCCACACGGGAGGAAUAUGAACAUUAUGCGAACGAAUUAUUCAAGAUGAUGGCGGAAGAUGACUUUAAGACUCGCAUUCAUGAAACGUAUCCUUUGAAGGACGUAGCUAGAGCACAUAACGAUCUCGAGGGUCGUAAGACCAUGGGCAAAUUGCUCAUGACGCCGUAA